GCUGCCGCCAGUGCGAACGAACGCCGCCGCCUGAGUAGUAACGAGUGCCUGCGUUUUUCGUUUGAUUCCGCUGUUGCUGCUACUGUUGGCCUGGCUAGUCGUUGAUUUUAUUGCUGUUUCAAAAAGUUGAGCGUCGUCGCGGCAACAGUCGAACGUUACACAGUGUACCAACUGGAAUAUCGCGAAAACGAGAGACUCCGAUCUGUCGUGGUACAGGAGCAGUGCCUUUAAGAGAAAGAGACGGGAAAGAGAGGGACGAUAAUAAUCCUCUCUUGGCGCACAGAUUCCUAUAGCCUCUCUUUUACGACUAGCAUAACUCGAGCGUUCUCGCGCAGACAAGUGUUUGCAGUGUGUAGCUGAAGCACAACACGGUGAAUAGAGAGAGAGAGAAGGACAUAAAAGUGGUUUCGUGAAAGGCAAGCGAGAAGACGACACGGUGAGAAAGAGAAAAUGCCGAAGCGCCAGAGAAUAGACAGCGAGGUGCGUCCGAGACUACGGUAAAAAUAAGCCACGCAUGAGCCACACACAGGCUCGCAAGACCAAAGCCGAUAUAUCGCGCAUCCGGCAGUCAAUCUACUCAGAGAACACACCGAGAAAAAAACAGGCCGCUCUCUAGAGCAGUCAGCGCAGGCACAUUAUAUUCUACUACUUAGGUACCUAGUCUUCUUGCUUGUCGCAAGAUCUCCGCCCGGUAAGGGUACGGGCAUUGUCAUUGUCGUCGAGGAACAACAAGCAGCGACCUGCAAGGCAUCGUCUCAAGGCACUCCCAAACGUAGACAACUCGACUCAACUCUGCGACAGCGGAGAGGGAGGAGGCGCUGCCCGAAUUCCGCCACCACCAAAGAGCUUCUUAACCUACACACCUCGUCCUGUCUCUUGCGCGCGUUCUCCAAACGUUAUCGAGCACGCGACAAUGGACCAAAAUAGCAAGGAAAAAAAUAAGAAGGGAAAAAAUGGAGAAGCAGUUAUGGAUGAGGCGAACAAGGCGGCGAGCGGAUCACCGAAUUCGAACACGCCGCCGCCGCCGCCGGCGUUAAUCAACAAAACCAAGUAUCAAGCCGGUGGCCCGGUCAUCAGGAAGGACAAGCGCCAGAGCAGCUCCAGAUUCAACGUCUCGAAGAAUCGCGAGUUGCAGAAGCUGCCGCUGCUGACUGAGGUACCGGCGGAAGAGCGAGAGGAGCUGUUCAUCCAGAAGCUCAGGCAAUGCUGCGUUCUGUUCGACUUCGAGUCGGACCCGCUGUCGGAUCUGCAAUGGAAGGAGGUGAAGCGCUGCGCUCUGCUCGAGAUGGUCGACUACGUCACGAAGAACAGGAACGUUAUCAGCGAAGCCAUCUACCCCGAGGCCGUUAACAUGUUCGCAGUGAACUUGUUCCGGACCUUGCCACCGUCGUCGAAUCCCAACGGCGCGGAGUUCGAUCCAGAGGAGGAUGAGCCGACGUUAGAGGUUGCAUGGCCUCACCUGCAAUUCGUUUACGAAUUCUUUCUACGACUGCUCGAAUCGCCAGACUUUCAGCCGGCCGUCGCCAAACGCUACAUCGAUCACAAAUUCAUCCUGCAACUUCUUGAGCUCUUUGACUCGGAGGAUCCACGAGAACGUGAUUUGUUGAAAACCACGUUACAUAGAAUUUACGGCAAGUUCCUUGGGCUCCGUGCUUACAUACGCAAACAGAUCAACAACGUUUUCUAUCGGUUCAUUUACGAGACUGAACAUCACAAUGGCAUUGCCGAGCUACUUGAGAUCCUUGGCAGCAUCAUCAAUGGCUUCGCACUGCCAUUGAAGGAAGAGCACAAGACCUUCCUGCUGAAAGUGCUGUUGCCUUUGCACAAGGCCAAGUCUCUGUCGGUGUACCAUCCCCAGUUAGCCUAUUGCGUAGUUCAGUUUUUGGAAAAGGACGCCUCUUUGACCGAGCCCGUGAUCAAGAACUUGCUAAAGUUCUGGCCGAAAACGCACUCGCCCAAGGAGGUGAUGUUUCUCAACGAGCUUGAGGAGAUACUCGACGUGAUUGAGCCAGCUGAGUUUCAAAAAGUCAUGGAUCCACUCUUCAGACAACUUGCUAAGUGUGUCUCUUCGCCGCACUUCCAGGUUGCCGAGAGAGCCCUCUACUACUGGAAUAAUGAAUACAUAAUGUCUCUCAUCUCCGACAAUUACUCGGUUAUUUUACCUAUCAUGUAUCCGGCGCUCUACAGGAAUUCGCGAAACCAUUGGAACAAGACGAUACAUGGUCUAAUCUACAACGCACUUAAGCUCUUUAUGGAAAUGAAUCAGAAGGUUUUUGACGAAUGCUCCCAACAAUAUCAGCAAGAUAAGUUGAAGGAGUGCAAGCUGCUGAAAGACAGAGACGAAGCGUGGAAUAAAGUCGAAGCACUAGCUACAAGGCAUCCAUCUUACUCGUCAGUCAAGUCUGUAGUAUCAAAUAACAAUAAAACCUUCAUCACACAAAAUAAUGAGAACAACGCCCAACCUGAAGAAGAUGAAGAAAGCGAACAGUUAAUAGCCGACAAAAUAGAUGUGCAAGCCAACGAAGUAAGUCUUCAAAAUGUCAAGAAAUCUUCGCAAGUUAUCAAAGUUAAACAGCUGCUGAGAAGGAAAAGUGAACUGCCCCAAGAUUCCUAUACGAUUCGUGCGCUCUCGGAUCACAAACGAGCGGACGAAUACCUUGUCACACCGCCCGAUCCAAGCAACUGCUAGUCUCUGCCUUGCUCUCUUCCAGUUUAUUUUUUAAUGCGCAGCAACAAGGUCGAGAGUUAGUUUCUUUCCUUGCAUUAAUUAAUACUGAAGUACGUGUGUAUCAAGAGAGGGGGUCACUGUGAGAGAAAAGCAAAACACAUACACAAACACACAAAUCUCAAGAAAAUGAGAUUCGCGCGCGCAUAACUAGUUAUAUAAAUAAGAGGAACUAAGAUUACGAGAACGGACAAUACGUUGCCGAGUAUAGUUGUAAUAUAUAUAAAUACUUUUUUCAAUUUUUUAAGUCGGCUGAUGAGUUUACGAAUUAUUAAAACAAUACAAUAUAAGGUUUAUUAGAGGAGAAAAAAAAUAAACGUCGCUCUACUAUGUACUUUGUGGGUGGUGCGCGCGCAUACAAGCGUGUAUGCCCAACAUUAAAUGGGACAUCAGUUUCAUAAUUACAUGAGAUUUUUUGUACAAAGAAGUAAUGAUAAUUCUAACGGAUGUGCUUCGCUUUAGCUAAAACGAAAAAAAAAUUAAGAGAAGCUGCCGAAAUGCUAUAUUUAAUCCGCGAAUUUUUAAAAAACAUGACAUGUAUGUAUAUGACGGGAGGUUAAUGAAGAUAAACGCCAGUCGUUUCAAUGGUACGUUCGUUGAAUAGCAUGAAUUGCUUGUGUUUUCGUUGGAAUAAAACACAAUUUAUAAUCAACAAACGAUGUAAACUAUAGCGCAGUAAACAUGUUAAUUUAAAUUAAUAUAAAGCAAAAAGUCUAUUUCAAAAUCACAAAUUAUUACUCGAGUCCAAGAACCAAGUAAAUUGAUACAGUAAUUAUGUUUCAAAGUUAUUAUUGAUUCGAAGAAAGUGUGCUAAUUGAUAUUUCUACGCGCUGCGUCUAUCAUAUUUUUCACUUUGCAUGAUUUCAGCCUAAACGUUAUGUCCGUUAUGCCUCUUCGUGUGGACUAAAAAAGCUUAUUGUCAUUAGUGAGAAAUUAGUUUCUCUUUUUAGCAACCGCUAUUCCAUUAUCAACCAGAAAAUAACUCAGUAAAUCGCAUUCGGACUUCUAGAAUUCGAUAAUUUUGCUUGAGUGAUGUUAUGCUGAAGCAGGCUUGUUAAAUUUACGUGUGAUCGUAGUAAAGCUAAUUUUAGAGAGAAUGCGGAAUGAACGCAAAAAAAUUCAUGUUGAAAACAUUAUAAUUUUCGCACUGCUGGCAGGCUGUUAUGUUGAUAUUGCUAAUAUACCUUGUUGAAAAUGAGAUCGUAAUUAUGUCUCGCGGAAAAACUUUUACAUUAAAGCUGCAAUUAAAGAAACUUAAUUGAAAAUUGAUUUACUUAUUAAUACAAAAUCCUAUCAAAGAAACAAAAUCCGUCUCUGCUAAAAGUUGAUUAUUUGUAGGAAUAUAUUAUAAUAGCGUGUAAUAUUAUGGAUAAAUGUUGAUGUGAAUAAAGACAAAAAUUAUUAAGGAAAGAGCUAACUUUAUGGGCUUUUACCGUAGUAUGUUGCAGUCUCGCUGUUUGGAGAUGUCUGCUCAUUUUCGCGGCACAUUCAACGAUGAAUCUUCACGUCUGAAUGAUAAUGAUGUAUGUUAUUCUAAAUAAAAUCAAAACAUAAUCAAAGAUUAAUAAAAAAAGCAAUGUAUAUGAAGAUUCUUCGUCAUAUAUCUGAGUUCGAUUAAUCGUUGAUCGAUUCUAAACGUUUGUAGUAACGAGAGCUUUACAAAUUGUCGUACCAUAAUUAAAUUGUAUGUUGUACUAUGUUUUGAUAUAUAUACGCUGAAAAAUUACAGUAAAACAAUACUUGAGAAAAGUAGUUUUGCGAGAGAAAGAAACAGCUAAGUUAAUUGGUCUCCAAUGUAUGCCGCGAUGUUGUUGUGCAACUUGUCGGAAUUUCUUUAGGAUGCGUAGAGCAUGCCUCUCUUUCUCUAUACAUCUCUUUGGUUUUAAAUGAUAGGUAAAAUAAGUCUCAUAGGAAAGUACAAAGUUUUUUGCACUUAUUUGAGAAAUGACACGUGUUCUUCCACUUUUUCUAUCAUUUGUAUCAUUUACUAUAACAGCUGUAAAUUCCUAUGAUUCUUUUUUGCCAGAGAGACUAUAUUCCUCGUACUCUGCCAAAUGAAAUGAUAAAGAAACACUUAUCGAACGAUCAAAGAUCGGUGUUUAUUUAUGCAAUUGUAAAUACUGUACAAAAGUAAAAACUUCGUGGACCGAUAUGUAUAUUUCUCAUUUUUGGCAAUUUGCAAUAUGUAUAGUCUUAAUUUUAUUCUAUUUUUUCUCGGAUCUUGCAAAAAAUUUUAGAGUUACUAUCUAGAGCAUGAUUCUCAUACUCCCUCAUCAAAAAAUGAACUGAUGUAAGAAACAGCCAGAGAAAUCUUCUUUCUUAUCACAUUGGUAUCCUUUUUUAUAAUUGAACUGUACAUGUAACCUCAUAUGUUAAAAGAAAAAAGAAACAGAAUAAGAGAAUAAUCUUGUGGUCUAGACUUCGAAAAUCAUUUUUUUCUCCAACCCAGUAGCAUUAAUUGCCUUUUAUUUAUUUAGUUAAGUUAUUUGUGCGUGUGCAUGUGCGUGUGCGUGUGUGUGUGCGUGCAUGUGUGUUUACAUGUACAUUUGAAGAGAGCCUAAAGUGAAUGGAUCGUUAAACACUCAUUAAUCUAUAGGCCAAUCAAUAGGUAUAUUAUUAAAAUUAUAAGAAAUCGAAUUGCGCAUUUAUGUUAACGAUAUUACGUAGUUUAACCCGGCACUUUUUUCUACAAAAAAAUCGGUGUAUAACCAUUUUUUUAUUAACAAUAGCAAUAGUAAAAACGGCACUUUCGGUUUUUCGUUUACAACGUAAAAAGUAUUAGAGUGAUCGUAAUAAUACUAGAGGAACAAUUGUAGAGAAAUAAAAGGCGUCCAAAAUGAGAUGUUGCUGGACCGGAUCCAAUAAUUGGAAACGGAGAAAACAUGGAAAAACGUGAACAUUUUUAAAAAAUGUGUAUCUCCGUCAUUUUACUAGAUCAAGAGCUGAAAUUUAUUAAAAUAGUGUUGUAUACUUAGUUUAAACUCGUCAAAAAUGGAUGCUGUGCGAUAAAUAGUUUUUGCGCAAUCGCAAUUUUUUGUAAAAUUGACCUAUGCUUGAGUAAUUGUUAUUUCAAUUCUGAAAAUGGCUAUCAAAAAUACAAAAUUAAUGCUACAUCACUGUAUUUUCAAUUUGUAUUUCAAGUUUUUAUAAUAUGUUGUUAUAUACCGAUUUUUUAGUAGAAAAAUGUGCCGGGUUAAACUACGCAAUAUCUUCAGCAUGAUAGCGCAAUCAGAUUUCAUAUAGUUUUAAUGUUAAAUUUUACUACUGCUUAGAGCUAGGUUGCUUGGUCUAUUUAGGCGAUAAAUAUUUAUAAAGAAACCAAUCAGCAAGUAUUUUAGCGACUUUAAUUUGUUACAAUGAAAUACAAAUAUAAAAUUGCUCACUUUCUUUUUACGCUGUAUGAAGAAGAAUUUAAUAAGUGCGAUAAAUAGAAAUUGAUGUUUAUAUUUCGGAAAAAGUUGAAUAUUUGUGGAUAAUAAAUAUUCACCUUUCUUCAUCUUACAAGUGUAAUUUUUCAUUAGCUAUCAUUCUUCUUUUAGUAAUUUUCUUAUCUGCGUAAUAUUAUACUAUAACUGAAUGAGCUCUUGUGAAAACAGAAUAUACACACAAAAACAGCCAUUUCUGUUUGUAAUUUGCUGGAAACACAGUUUUCUUAUAGUAAAUAACGAAAUACUACAGAUGAAAGUAGAAUUUUUCUGCAUGCAAUUUUAGAUAAACUUAAAAUUCCCUGUAUAUACCCUGCUAUAAAUUGCUCAUAUUUUGUAACAUAGAACUAUUUCGACUGAAAUUUACAUAUUUUGUAAACAACAAGAAUCAUUUGUUUUUUUAUUGAUGAAAAAUAAAUUUCAUGAGAAAUUUCUUUUCAAAGUUUUACGACCUUUGUGCAUUAAUAUAAAAGCAUCAGUGAUUGAAGAAACUUUAGUUUGUAUUGCAAAUAUAAAGAAUAUCUAAUGGUAAAUACUCGAAUAUUAAUUCAAUCCUUGAGGCAUAUUAUUUCACGUUUGACAAACUUAGGCUAAAGCAACCACUUGCAAGGAAGCAAUUACAAGGUGGGAGGAACGUACUGGAAAAAAGGCUAGUGAAGAAAAAGAAAUUAUACUAAGCUUUCAAUGGCCACCUAUACAAAAAAUGGAUAAUAGCUUGUCAUCUUUAAUGAAAGUCGAGUUAAUUAAUAAACAAAUUUAUUGUCUUUUAAAUAAUUUUUAAAAGAAUAAGUUAAGGUAUUAAAAUGAUCUAUUUAUUUAGAAAAUUAUUGCUGUCAACAAAUAUGAUUGAAAAAGUCAUUGGGAUAAAUUCAUUGAAACAUUUAAAAAUUUUAUCACUGAGUCGUAACUACAUUAAAUCAUUUUCUGGCUUGGAAGCAAUUGGUGA